AGCAAAGCAUCAUCGCCCACACAAAACACAAGUAGAAAAGAAGAGAGAGAAAAAGAGAGCUUUUUAUAGUCUUAGAUAGAGAGAAGAGAAGUAAAGAUAAACAGCUUUUUAAAGAGAGAGAAACAUACAGAGAGAGCUCUACCCUAGCCCAAACCAAAAAAAAAAAACUUGCAUUCAUUUCUAUAUGCAAUCCGAUAAGGACUUGUGCUUUCUUUGUUAUAGCUGUCUUAGCAGUAAGUAAGUAUAUCUUUUCUUAUAUUGUUUGUAGAUAUUGUAGCAGUAGUCUUAGCUGUAGCAAAUACUUUUCAGCACAAGUCUUGGCCUCAGACUCAGACUCUCUCAGUGUGUCUUAAAAACAUUUUGCAGAAACUGUUCGACCUUUAGUUUCCUCCUUUGUCACUCUCGAAAACCCACCUCUCAAAAAACUCUCUUUCUUUCUUUCUUGCCUUCAAUUUCCUCAUACAUUCUUCCUCCAAGUUCUAAGCUUUAGAGAGAGAGAGAGAGAGAGAGUAGUGUGUUUGGAAACCUGUUCGAACUUUAACCAAAGAUUUACUACAUGUUGUUGUCUCUUUUUACAUUUUCACAUUUUGUGGCGUUAUCCAAAACCUGGGGCUUCAGCUCAUUAAUGCCAUUGACUUGAACCGACUUUUUGUUCCCCUUUUUGAAAAGAAAAAAAAUUAUUAUUUUUUGGUGGGUGUUGGGUUUGAGAGUUUGAGAGCUGAGCUAGGUGUUCAAGGGUUUGUUAGUUUGGUUUUUGGCUUAGAAGAUGCUUGGUGUUUAAGUUUUUACCAAUGGGUUGGUGAGAAUGGACCUGUUUCAGUCUUCUAUCUUCAACAUGAAGCCUUCUAGCUAGGUUUGGGCAUUUCCUUGUUUAUUCUCAAAUUCGAAAACAACUGGCCUCCUGUUCAUUGAUCACAACUUGGGUCUCAUAGAGUUGUUUCACUUUGUUCUGGGUACACAUUGUGUGUGGAAUUUGGCUUUAUAUUUAACUUUAGAAUAGAGAGGAGGUUUGAAAUUUUACGCUGCGAAUCAUUAUUUGGGGUCAAGGCUGCUUGUAAAAGAUUUUUGAGUAUAAGUAUUUGAAGUAAAUGCAUGGAUCGGAGGGACACUAUGUCGUUAUCCGGUUCGACCUCUUAUUAUAUGUCAAGAGGAAUGGCUGGUUCUGGUCCUGGAACACAGUCUGGGCUACAUGGAUCACCGGGCAUUCGUCCCAUGUCUAGUCCAAAUGUACAAUUUCAGUCGAAUUUAGGAGGGAGUACCAUGGGAUCAACGUUACCAGGAGAGCCUUCAGCUUCAAUUUCACCUCAUAGUGUCAAUGUGGGUGCACCAUCUGUGGUGCCGCAGACUGAGCCUCUCAAGAGGAAAAGGGGAAGACCUCGGAAAUAUGGACCUGAUGGGACUGUGUCAUUGGCAUUGUCUCCCUCGCCGGCUACUCAUGGAGGGACGAAUACAACAACAUCUGCCCAAAAGCGAGGUAGAGGGCGGCCACCGGGGACUGGCAGGAAGCAACAGUUAGCAUCUCUUGGUGAAUGGCUGUCUGGUUCGGCUGGGAUGGGUUUUACUCCACAUAUCAUCACCAUUGCAGUAGGAGAAGACAUUGCAACAAAAAUAAUGUCAUUUUCGCAGCAGGGGCCAAGAGCUAUAUGCAUCCUGUCAGCCAAUGGUGCUGUCUCCACCGUGACUCUUCGUCAGCCUUCAACGUCUGGUGGCACUGUCACAUACGAGGGCCGUUUCGAGAUAUUAUGUUUGUCUGGCUCUUACUUGCUCACAGAAAGUAGUGGCUCCCGCAAUCGAACUGGUGGUCUAAGUGUCUCCCUUGCCAGUCCUGAUGGUCGUGUCAUUGGUGGAGGAGUUGGGGGAAUGCUCAUUGCGGCAAGUCCAGUUCAGGUGAUUGUGGGGAGCUUCAUAUGGGGUGGUUCAAAGACAAAAAACAAGAAAAAGGAGGCUUCAGAAGGUGCCAUAGACUCAGAGCAUCAGACAGUUGACAAUCCAGAUGCACAAACUAGCAUUCCACCAACUCAAAAUCUCAGUCCAAUCUCUUCAAUGGGUGUUUGGCCAGCAUCACGGGCAAUGGAUAUGCGUAAUGCUCAUGUUGACAUUGAUUUGAUGCGGGGGUGACAAUUUUUAUCAAUAGAUGAACGAGCGUUGUAUAUAAAUUUCACCUUCAUGGCCACUUGAAUCUAAUUCUCUUGAUGUACCAAUGACAGAAAGCCAGUUGAUCUUGGCUUUGACAACUCACUUCAUUUACCCAUCAUAGACGAUGGGGUUGUACUCAUAUUUUUGUAGCCUUAUGGAAAUUUAGUUUGAAUUUGAUGUUCAUGAUUUCUACUAA